AUGUCGGAUACAUCGUCCACGUCCGCGAAUGCUGGCCACUCAGCGCCUGAGAGGAGAGAAUCCAACACGACAAAGCCUCCGACGGUAGCCGCCUUUUCACCCACCUCGCACUCGUUUCCUUCAACUCGACAACGCUCGACUAUUCUCGUCCACCAAAAGUCGCCUCUACUGCUCGCAACGCCUCCGCAAGUCACCCGGGCUUUGGCAUAUUCACACCCAUUCAUUGUCCCUCUCAACAAGCUCGUUGGCCUGCUGUCAUGGACGACUGGAGAUGCCUGGGAGAGCUUCCUAUUCGUGGCUGCCUUCUGGUUCACCGUCCUAUAUGGCGGCUAUAUACUGCGGUAUAUGGGCCCGCUGAUAUUGGUUACCUUCCUCAUAGUGGGCAUGUAUCUUCGAAGGUACUCUCCGCUGUCGUCAACAGGCUGGACUGGUGAGAAAAAGAAGGGACACAAGAGAGAUCACUCGGAUGGCAUCAAACAUCGAAAGUCUCUAGAUGAAAUCUUGUCGACUCUGCAGACUUUCACGACGAGAUGCAACAUCCUGCUUGAUCCAUUACUUCGCUUGACCGACUUCCUGUCGACUCAGCAGACAGCAACAUCGGCCACCACGCAACCUGCGCUCACAACCCUGUUCAUCCGUAUCAUGCUCACGUGCCCUGUAUGGUGGGCAUUGACUCUACCUCCUCUCCGUAUCAUCACCACAAAAAGAAUCGUUCUACUCGGCGGCACUAUCUUCUUGUCCUGGCACUCACGUCCAGCACGUAUUAGUCGCACCAUUCUCUGGCGCUCAAAGACUGUCCGCGAGAUUUGCACCAUAAUCACCGGUCUUGAUCUCGGCGUUCCCUCAGCCUCGGCACCACCGCUGCCUCCACGACCCGGAACAAAAGGCGCUGUCAACGUGAACGCGAAGCCAAAUACCGACUCGGGCGAAAGCAUCCGGUUCACCUUCACACUGUACGAGAAUCAGCGAAGGUGGCUAGGUAUAGGCUGGACAGCGAGCAUGCUGGCCUACGAACGUAAUUCCUGGACUGACGAACACCUAAACCCAACAUUCGAUCCCACGCACUUCGAGCUACCUGAGGUAGAAGGUGGCAUGGCAAAAUGGCAGUGGGUAGAAGACAGCGAAUGGCACGUCGAACUGCCCUCGUCCAAGAAGAACAAAUCCAAAGACGCUGCCAUCGAUGACGAUGACGCCUGGAUAUACUACGACAACAAAUGGCGAGACGGCAGAAGAGGACAAGAUGGCUGGGGCCGCUACACUCGCCGCAGAAAGUGGCUACGCGAUGCCGAACUCGUAGACGUGAUCCCUGAAGAAGAGAAAUCCACACUGGCACCACCGCCAAUCGCCACAGAGAAAGCAAAACCACCACCCACACCCCCACGUCCUACACACUCUCGCAACCACAGCAAUCUCACCCAGGCGCUUAAGAAUGCGCCACAACAUACUCACACACCAUCCAUGACCACCGCCUCAACCAUCACCACAAGCAGUGAUAUGGGUAGUCCAUCCAGCAGCUACAAGCGCAAAUCGUGGUUACCGGGUUCUGCGGGCAGUAGGAACAGAGCCAAUAGCGGUGCCUCUGGGAGUACCGAAGGCAGAAUGAGCAGAGGUGCUUCGAGGGCUGAUGAUGUCGUGCCUCCCGUCACGAGAUUGAAGAACGAUGAGGCGGAUUGGGGAUUAGGUGAUGAUGUUAGUAUGGGUUUGGGAUGA